AUGAAAAUCUCUGCUCUCGCCAUUUCAUCCCUGAUGGUGAUGGGCGUAGCAGAUGCUUUCGUUUCCAAUUCCCGAACACCUGUCUCCACGGUCUCAAUGAAGGUCGCUGAUGUAUACGAUAUGAAAAAUCAGAGAGGAGUAGGUGCGACGAGCACAUAUCUAAACUCUCUUGCACCAAUGCCAUCCAAGAGAGAAGGUAAAUCAGAAGAAGAAAUUCAAACGGAACUAUCGUCCGGAAAAGUGAUGGAAGGAGGAAAAGUCAUUGAUUUUGAAGCAAUCAAGGGACCCUCCCACGCCGAACAGGCGCUGCAAACUGCCAAGGAUGGUAUUGUAUCAAGUGGCAAAAAGUACAUUCCCCCAGGAAAUGGAAUUCUCGGCAUCAACGAUGAUGUCGUUUCCGAAGUCGGACAUGAAUUGGGGCAAUUUGCAACCCCCGGGCAAAUUCAGCUAUGUGCUUCCUACCUCCGAUCCAAAGCACCAAAAUCGCUAUUUGAACCAAACCACAACAAUUCAAUAAACAGAGAAGCAUCAUCCUUCACAGAAGAAGAAAAGAAGACUAUCGAUUCCAUAUUGCGCAAAGCAUACGUGGAAUCCGGUGAAGUUACCAGUGCAUUCGCCAAGACCUUCUUUCUGGGAACCCAACUCCUACCCGAGCUUCCAAGAGAGGCAAUAUGGGCAAUCUAUGUUUGGUGCCGUCGGACUGAUGAAAUUGUGGAUGCACCACGCGAUAGCGAUGAAGAAAUGCUAAACGAUCUGGGGUCAUGGGAAAUGAGAUUGGAAGCCCUUUGGAAAUAUGGGGAAGUGGAAGAUGUUUAUGACUUGUGUCUUUUGGACGUCCUAGUUAAGUAUCCCAACCUUCCCAUUACACCAUUUACGGAUAUGAUCCGAGGAAUGUUGAUGGAUGUUCCAGGAUUGGGACAAGAACGUUACGAAUCUUUCGACGAACUUCACCUGUAUUGCUACCGAGUAGCUGGAACUGUCGGUUUGAUGAGUCUGCCAGUAUUUGGUUGUGCGGAAGGAUUCAAUGAUCAAAUUGCAAGAGAACCAGCGCUUUCGUUAGGAGUUGCCUUUCAGUUGACAAAUAUUCUGAGAGACGUCGGCGAAGAUGCCGAAAAGAGAGGUCGUGUCUAUCUCCCACGAGAAGACAUGGCAAAGUUUGGUGUCACCGAGGAACAAAUUCUGGCGAAAAAGAUCGACAAGAAUUACCGAGACAUGAUGAAAUUCCAAAUUGAAAGAGCCAAAAUGUACUAUGAACGGGCCAGAAGAGGUGUCUUCAUGUUGGCUCCAGAGAGUAGGCUUCCUGUGCAAAGUUCUUUGGAUGCCUAUGGCAGAAUCCUGGACAAACUGGAAGAGAAUGGCUACGACUCUUUGACUACACGAGCGUACGUUGGAAAGUGGGAGAAGCUUUCCAUGAUUCCAUUUUCCUGGUACCGAACCCAAGAUAUCAGUCGGUCCCUCCCUCUUCCAGGCGACAAAACCAUUCCCACCUUGGACGAGCCAACGCCAUGA